UUGAGUCUUCAUCAUUUGCACGCGCUUCUAUCAGUUACAACAACUUGAGAUGAUUCUAAAACAACUAAUUACAUUAGUGACCUUAGCAUUUACAAUGAAAAUCACAAAUACUGCUAACAUACUUUGUAUCUUGACUGUUCCCAGCCCGAGUCACCAUAUUUGGAACCGUGUCUGGAUUGAAGCUCUGGUAGAACGUGGUCACAACCUUACGGUGGUUUCACAAGAUGCGGACAUGUCAAAACCUAAUCUCACCUACAUAUUAUUGGAAAAUGUGUACACCCACUUACAUGAUAGUGGUGAUGUAAACUUCGUGUCGAAGUCGCAGGAAAGUUCAUUAGAAACAGUGGUUUCCUUCAUGAACUAUUUCACAAUCGUGUGUGCUCCUAUGUUAGAUUCUGCAGGACUAAAUAUAAUCGAAUCAUAUCCAGACGAUUUCAAAUUCGAUCUUGUGAUAUACGACUUCGGAUGUGGCCCAUGUCUGUUACCAUUGCUACAUAAGUUUAAAUAUCCGCCGAUGUUAGCACUAACGCCAUUUAAUAAUCCCCCAUACUCAGUUGAUAUCGUGGGAGGACAUAAGCACUUCGCUUAUACUCCAUAUUUUGCACUAAACUACGACACCAAGAUGAACUUCAUACAGCGAGCAUACAACACUUUCAUCUCAUUGGCCGAUUCGGCCUAUCGUCAUUUCUACAUUAUGCCGAGAGUGGAUGAAUUAGCUCGAGUUCAUUUCAACUAUACCGAUAUGCCAUAUUUGGGAGACUUAGAGAAGCGAGCACAAGUGAUGUUGGUUAAUACCAAUCCAGUGAUGGAUGUCCUAGAACCACUCCCUCCAAACGUGAUCGCCGUGGGAGGUGCUCAUAUUAAAAAUCCCGAUCCCCUGCCCAGUGAUCUUGAAAUGUUCAUAUCCCGCGGUAGAAGUGGAGCCGUUCUCUUUUCACUUGGUUCAAAUGUUCGAAGUGAUAAGAUAGGCGAAGAACGCCAACGCAUGUUUAUCCAAGCAUUUCGCCAGAUGCCACAGUUUCAUUUUUUGUGGAAGUUUGAAACAAAUCUGAAUCUUGACCUACCAUCAAACGUAAUUAUCAGACGCUGGAUGCCUCAGACCAGUAUUCUUGCGCAUCCCAACACUAAAGCGUUUAUAACACAUUCCGGUGGAUUAAGCACACAAGAAGCGACAUGGUUCGGUGUACCACUGAUUGCAAUGCCUUUCUAUAUGGAUCAGAUUAGAAAUUGCCAUCGAUCAGUUAAAGCAGGAGUUGCGGAAGAACUGGAUUUUAGUUCAUUGACGGUUGAUAAAAUCAGGAACGCAGUUUUAAAAGUGCUCCAAACGUCGACUUACCAAGACAAUAUGAAGAGAAGAUCGAAACUGUUCCGUGAUCAACCAGAGAAACCAUUAGACCGAGCCAUUUGGUGGAUUGAAUAUGUGAUUCGAAAUCCCGAUUUAAGCCACCUAAAAUCACCAUCACUUGAGCUGGGUACCAUUCGAUCGAAUCUGUUGGACAUUUUUGGAUUCUACCUAUUUAUCGUUGGAUUUACAUACGUGACUCUCAGAAAAGCAGUAAGAGCAAUUUGCGGAAAAAAUAGAAAAACAAAAAAAAUAAAAAAUGAUUAAUGAAAUUCGUUUAUUGUCGAAUUUUUCAAAAUCAAAAUGGAGUCAUAUUAAUCAGAAUGCGUUAUUAGUUUUAUCUUUUAUCAUAUAUAUGUCAUGCACUUGAAAAAUACUUUUCGGCAUCUGCAUCUUUUCUUUAAGGUGAAAUGUAGCGGAAUGCGCGAGUUAAGCUUUCUGGGGAGGUUCUUUUAAAAUAACGAUACGACAACGUUGACUAUACAAACUUAAAUGGAUUCAUUUAAAUUAGAAUACAGGGUUGAAACCAACAAAAUCCAAUAUGCGUUAACUUGCGCAUAGCGUUUUUGAUCAAUUAUUCAAAAACUAGACCUAUUUUCGAAAAACUAAAAACACUUAAGUUAUCACAACGAAGUGUGCUUAGAAUUUUGAAAUUUUGCUUUGCCAAGCCGUAAUUGGUUUUCGAAAUGUAUAAACGGUUACUGUUCCGUUCCACGGCGAUGGUUUCAGAAUUGAAAAGUAGUGUUUGUAGCAUGACUUUACAAGGAAUCUGAAAAUGUAGCUCGAAAUUAUAAAACCUUAGCCAAAACAAUCGAAAUUUGAAAAUGUUUACAUAAACUUUUCCGCAUUUUUUAUUGCUACUAAACUCAAGCGUAUACGUGGUAAGCAAGUUAGUCAAUACAUAUACAUAUAACCUUAUGCUAGUCAAUAAUUACUCAUGAUUCAUAGUUCUAGUGUAAUAGUAAUUACUAACAAUAACGAUUAAAUUAGGAUAUAUUCAAAGUGUGAAAGAUCCAAAAAUCUAUUACGAAUCAAUGAGUCUUUUACAAGCCAACAAAACGAGUGGUAAACCCACUGCGCCCAAUCGCUG